AGCCGCAUAAAAGAAACGGUCCGUGCUAAAUACAGGCCGAAAGGAACACCACGGUACGGCCCAAGCAGGCGCGACGAACUCCGCAAGCUCGCGGCGAAGGCAUCACGGCUAGCCGCACGAUACGAAGGCGAAUCGGAAGAAUCCUAUAGGCGCACGAGGCGUGGCAUAAUCCAGGAUGAAUACGAAGAGAAGUGGAAGAAGGAAUAGGAAGCCUACCAUAAAGAACUACGCCAAGGACCCCUAACACCAGCACUCGACACUAAAUAGAGCAAACGACAAGAGGCACUACACAAAGGACUCACGAAGGUAGAGAGCACAAUUAUCACGAACCUACGGACGGAGCAUAUAGGGCUCAACGGUUACCUCCACCGUAUAAGAGUGCCCGGCCACCCGACGCCGGCAUGCCCUUGCGGGCAUAGCCUCCAAUCCCCAAGACAUAUUGUAAUAAGUUGCGGAAAACACGUUAAGGGCAGGGGCAAGCUAUUCUAGAAGGCUAAGAUAAGGACGUAUAAACAGCUCUACAGAAGCUAGAAAGAAAGAAAGGCCGUGGCCUAAUAGCUCCUCUAAAGAACGGACCUCCUGCUAUACCUCUCGGCGGC